CUUUAAUCGUAAUAUGCAUUUCUAUUCUAGAUCCUCCCUUUGCACUUUGUUUCACCCAUUCCACCACCUAAAUCAAACUCUUUCUCUCACGAAGAAACCCAACCUCUGUCUUCGGUGCUCGUUGUCCUCAACCCGCCCAGAUCUCCUCCCCACCCCUGACUAGAUCGGAGAAUUAUGGGAGGAGUAAUACAGAAGUUCUUCAUUGCGUCAAUGUUUAUGUGGAUGGUUCCCGUUGCGAUUUUGUACGGGUUUAACCAUAAGUUGUUUCCUGGUUCAAGUGAUUUAUCUCCCCAUUCUCUGACACUACUGAGUGGAUUUGUUGCUGUAAUAUCAGUCAACAUAGUUAUUGCAUUCUAUAUAUACAUGGCAAUGAAGGAACCUUCAGAUAAACACGAACCAGAUCCUGCAUUUCUUGCGGCGGCCAAAGCUAGCGUGAACCAGUCUGGGGAUGACUCUGGUAAAAACCAGUCAGGUGACUCCAGUAAAUCAUUGCAAUUCUCAAAAAAACAAGAGUGACAUGAACUACUCUGUCAUUUUCACAUUUUAGUAUUUUCUAUUUUUGAACUAGAGAUUUGAGGUUUAUGUAACAAAAUACCUAAAGCAGAUGAGGCUUACGAGAAUUAUAUUUUAUGUUUAUUAAAAAAAUAUGAAAUUGAUUUUGUAAUAAACAAUUAGGAAGUAGAGGAAUAAGCAAAGGUAAGAUUUUGGUUCACUUGUAUGUAAAUACAUUUUACUAGCAAAGAAAAUAUAAUGUAAAAUAUUUUACUGAACUAGAAUAUACUACAAUGUGAUCUAAAA